AAUAGGAGAUAGUUUAUUGUAGCUUUUUUACAUUUAGUUUUAACAAAAACAUUUUUAAUAGGCUAAGGUAGUACGUAGGAAAAAAAAAAUCCUCAGAAUCCAUUGAAUUUGUUAGCAGUUGCUGAAGAUCAAGUUCCAGAUUUUCAAUUUUAGUUCACAUCCAAGCAUUUUGAAUUUCAUAGCAUCUUCUUAAAACUUUCCAAUGUCUGAGAUGGAAUUCACCCCGGAGAGAGACGAUGAUGAUGAUGAUGCCAAGCCAGGAGAGGCCAUAUUGCAAAAUGAAAGCCAAGAAGGGAACAAGUCCGAGCCGUCAAAGCCUUCUAACCCGAAACCGCAGACGAUGCUGGACGCUAUGCAGGACUACGACGACCACUAUGCUAAUUACGACUUCUUUUCACCGCAACGAAGCGUAUCCAGUAAAAGUGCCCAGUCGACUGAAGGAGAACAAGAGGCAGAGGAAUUGGAAGUCAUGUCGGCCGGCAGCACUUCAGAACCAUUAAAUUCAAGUAGCAAAACCCUGACGCCUGGCAAAAAGGGCCAUCUAAGAAAGGACGGAAAGAAAAAUGAGUUUUACGAUGAAGAACGACAUCUUCAAAAUCUGGAUGAUUUCAUUUAUAAGCCAAAAGUGAACGGAAAAAUUAUGCAACUUGAUUCAUUGGAACUUCAACACUCUUACAGUUAUGACUGUGUGAACGGUCUCAAUCUUUGUGUCGCUGAUAAAAAGACGCUUUUGUACCAUUGCGGACAUAUAAUCCACAUGUUGAACCCUUAUACAAAAGAAAUGUCGUUUAGAAGGUCUUCUGGCAAAGAUGGAAUAUCUUUUAUAGCUAAAAACCCAGUCAGCUAUGAGAUAGCAGUCGCAGAAAAGGGAAACUUUCCAGAUAUCGUGUGCUACACUUGGCCAGAUUUUUGUAUAAUAUCUGUACUCAGAGGAGGAGCUAAACAUUCCUUUGCUGGCCUAGAUUUCAGCGCCUGUGGUGAACUUAUGGUAUCACAGUCGAGCGAGCCUGACUAUCUACUUACAAUAUGGAAAUGGAAAGAACAACAGGUUUACCUUAGUGUCAAAGCGAAUAAUCAACGGGUUUAUAAAACAGCAUUUUCCCCGUUGGAAAAUAGUAUUCUCCUCUGUUGUGGUCUGAAUCAUCUGAAGUUCUGGAAAAUAGAAACUACAUUCACAGGAAUGAAAAUAAAAGGUGCUUAUGGUAAAUUUGGCCCUGCAGACAUCUGCGAUAUUUCCACGUUCAUAAUAAACAAGGACAAUAAGGCUUUUUCAAAUUGCCCUUGGGGCAAUAUGUUCUUCUGGGACGGCACGACUGUAAAAUUUGAAAUAUCGAGAAGGGAAAUGCAACCGGCACAUGAUGGGAUAAUAACUUUUUUCCACUACGACCCGAAAGAAAAUCAUGUCUUUACAGCAGGCAUGGAUGGUAAAAUACGAGUUUGGGAUUAUGAAAAAAUGUUGAACGCGUGGCCUCCAAAUAACAAGCCGUUUCAAAUGCAACCUUCGUUCGAAAGAGAAAUAAUAGAUGCUGACGGAAAAACCGCUUGCCCGGUUCAACUUCUACCAAGGGUUGGCGUUGAAGAUAUCCACCAUUUUUUCUUACAGGACAAAAAAGGUGGGAUUUGGAUGAUUGAUUUAUCGUUGAGUGCCAAUGCAGAUCCCUGGUCCAAAAUUCUGGAAACGCACGCUGGACCGAUCGUCGGUUUAGCGACCUCCCCCGUAGGCCAUUAUCUAGCCACAUUGGGAAUCGACGGCAAACUGCUUAUCCACAACAAUGAAAAAAGGAAGAUCGUAUUUUCCAAAACUUUCUCACUCAAAGGAACAGCUCUGCUUUGGCUGCCAUUAGAGAUUGAUCCAACUGCGAGUGUGCUUAUACUUGGAUUCGCUGAUGGAACGAUAAGAGUCAUUGUCAUAUGUAUCAAGGCAAAAGAAUUUAACGUUGAAGAAAAAAUUAUGGAAUACAUUCAUGUCAUACAGGCUCUCAAACCUCAUAAAAGAUCAAUUUCAUGUUUGGUCUCGAAAACAAAAUAUGGCCACCAUCAUGUCCUUUCUGGCAGUGUUGAUGGCAAUGUGUUUAUUUAUAAAGUCCUUCCUUAUUAUAAUUUUUGCCAGUUGAUGCCGUUGGGUUUUGUAAAAAUGCCGGGUCCAGUCACUCAUAUUGAGUUGAAAAGAGCUAAGAAUGUGUUCAUUUUCCUCGUAAGCACGUCUGUCGGGACAGUGUCUGAAGUUCAAGUUCCUGAUAAAAUACUUCACGACACUAGAGAAAGGGACACGUACCAACUGAAAAUCAAAUACAAAACGACUUUUUUCAGAAGUGUUAAAGGUUGUAUUUUAAGGAAUCUCGUACGGGAAGGAAUAAAGAAAAGGCAAGAUGAAAAACUGGAAAAGAGAAAGGAAGAACUAGCAAAACUUCUUGAAGCAAAUCCAGGCUUUGCUAUUGACCAAGAAGCAUUCCUAGCUGAUACUGAAAAAUACGAAGAUUUGCCAGCCAUCUUUGUACCUGUGGGAAAUACUCGAAUUAAUUUUGCAAAAUAUGUAGAUAAAUAUAUAUGGAUAUCGCCAGAUGGAUACGAUGGAGGUUUUUUUUAUGAAUAUAAGAUUGGUGAAACAUGGCCGAACCGUGUACUCGAUAUUCCAGGGACAGACCGCACAACCGCUAUACAAACUUGUAUCAGCAUACUUAAUAACAGGUAUUUAUUAAUGGGUAUGAGCAACGGUUGCAUUCGUUUGGUCAAAGCACACCAAUCUGACCUGGCCAACUUGUCGGAUUAUUUAGAGAUUGGAAUGCAUGUGACGACCGGGCACAGAAUAACACAUCUCGCUGUCUCUUGUGACAACUCGGUUGCAUACUCUUGUGGAACUGACGGUGGGAUAUUCUCCUACGUCUUCAACCUCCCGAUUGAGCAGAAAGUCGAAAAGAAAAAAUUACCAGGGAUCGGACAGUUGCCGACUUUCGGUAUAUCUGGGAUAAUAAAUCCCAACGAGCCAUCUCUUGAGGAGCACAAAGCUACAUUAAGAGAGGAAAAGAAGAAAUUAAUGGCAGAAACAAUCAAGAUGGAGAUGAAAGAAAAAAUCAAUGAACUCGCUGAUAAAUAUGAAGAAUUAAUUGAAAGAAAUAAGAAACUACCUGAGUCAAAGCGGUUGUCAAAAGAUACAUUCAUCAUCAACCACCAUGUUGAUCAAGCAAUCAUAGAAAAGUACAACCAAGAGAUCGACGAUUUCAAGAAGAAGCAUGAAUUUGAAUUUCAAAAAGCAAAAGUUUUAAGGAACAAAAUGUACGACGCUUGUAUCAAACCUAUAAAAUCAUUCCCUAUUUACCAAUUUGGAAUAAGAACGCCGGUGUCAGUCUGUACUUUCCGAGAGGUAAAGCUAACACCAGAAUUUAUAGAAGCUGAGAGGAGAACCAAAGGGUAUUUGGAUGAUCAGGCAAGACGAGACAGAACCGUCGCCAAAAAGUUAAAGGAUCUGGCAAAAAAAAUUCAGAAAAAGGCGAAAAAGCCCAAAAAGCGAGGUGUAGAUAUGCUGAAAGUGAUUGAUAAAGCAGGUCAGAAGCUAUUUGAAAGUGGUAAAAUAUCCAGGGCAAACUUGCAACUUUUAAAAAGAAUAACAGAGUCGAGAAGAGAAAGAAGAAAUAUCCACGAGCAUAUUAGCGAAUUAAAUGAAUUGAAAAAGAAAAACUGCAAGAAGGCUUAUUUUAUUCCCAAUCUGGGAGGUCAUCCAGGAAAUGCGGAAUUCAAGUUAAAAUUAAAUCCCGAUUAUAGAACACCGAAAGAACACAGACUAACACUCUAUGAACAGUACUGGCGGGUCAUAAAGACCAGGAGAAAUCUCCAUGAAAUUAAAUUGGAGUUCAACUCAAAACUCAGGAAAUUGAGAACUGAUAAGUUUAAUAUUUUACGCGAGUUCCAAAUUUUAAAAGGUGAAAUUGAUUACAUGUCGGAGGAAUGCCGUAUGGAUGAUAUAAUUUUACCAAGGACUCCGAACUUCAACACUGAGCUAGAAUUUCCUGAAAAGCUUUUUAUGAACACGCCACCUCAUUGCAUUCUUGACGACCCUCUACCUCCGAUCCCUCAGGAGUGGGAGGAGGAACGAAAAGAUUUGUACGGUGAUCAUAACUUUCAUGAAAUUUUCGAAGAGACAGAAAAUAUGAGUAAAUAUGUAACUUACACUUGGCUGCCUGGCGUAAUGUCGUACGAAGACCACAUGUCUUUAGCGACGAUAUUCCCGAUCCACCCUUGGAGAGCAGAUCUGAUUCACAGGCGCAUCAUGAGAUUUCGAGAGAGAGUAAACACUAAAUCCAUAAAUCUAAUGAACAGAAUUGACGAGUAUGACAAGGCUUUAAAAAAUCUUUCAUAUGAAAGGAUAGAAUAUGAAAAACAUAUUAUAAAAAGAAAAUUAGAACUGUAUUAUUUAAUUCAAGAACUUGAAAUAACAAGGGGAUUUAGUGCAUUAGAAGUCAACGUCAAGACAAAAUUGAGUGAUAUGAUUAAAAUAAAACAUAUCACUUUGUUACAGAUGAGUGUAAGGAGGAAGAAAAUCAACGAAAAUAACAGUGUUAUCGAAAAAUGCUUGGCAAUUUCGAAUACUAUUACAAAUCAAUUUCUUGAGGUGGUAAAAGACAAUAAAUAUGUCAAACAUCUCACUCGCGUGUUUAAAAAGAAAUAUAAGCCUCCUAAAAAACGAAAUGAUGAUGAUGACUCAACGUCUUCUAGUUCAAUGGAGGAAGAUUUUGACGAUGAUGCAGAGGGAGAUGAUCUUCAGGUGACCAUCGGGGGUGCAUAUCUGUUCGACGAGAAGAUCCGCCCUGACGACUGCGAUCAUGAGAUUUUUGAAAAAAUGUUCAAAUUUCGUGCUGAAAGGCACGUAGAAGAGGCAAAAAUCAAUGAAGCUCGCUCUCAAAAUCAACAAUGCACCAAAGACUUGGAAACACUUAGAAAAAAACUACUAAUGGUCGAAACAAUUCUUGCGAUAUUUAACUCACAAAUGGAUAGUUUUUUGAAAUGCAAGCAAGAUGCCUGUAACAAAAUAUGGAAAGUUGUUAUUUUAAAGCCAUCACAAAUUCAGCAUUACAACAAAUACUCUCAGAUUUUUCCGCCUCUAAGCCAGUGCGUGCUUGUAAGCGCCAAUACGAUUAGAAGGUUGAUAAAUAAGGCUGAACUUUUGGAAAAGGAAACACAAAUGUUCAACAAGGGGAAGGAAAAAUGCAAAGAUCACAUCGUCCGGCUGAGAAAAGACAUCGAAUACAUGAAGAGCCAAUGUCAUGAUUUGAAAAAUGAGAAAAAAGAAGAGAUGAGGAAAAAGUUUGGGAUGCACAUCAACAUGAACCAUCUUGAGGAAGUGAUAACAAACUGGAUUAUACUAGAAGCAAAUCAAAAUACAACCGUGGUCGAUCGCACCAGAAAUUAUCUGAAAGAUUCAUCGAUCAAAAAACGACAGAACCUAUUGUUAGAAGUGAAGAAACGGCAGACCAACCAGUAUCACGAGCUGUUCUCCAUUCAAGAGGAAAGAAAUAAAAUCACUUCAUGCAUAUUAAACAUGCAACAGACCCAAAAAGAGCUACAAAUAAGAAAUAACCUCAAGCGUUUGGACUUGGAAAGCUAUUUGAAACAAUUAGAAAAAGAAGUUGUUUGUCAAAUGAAGUAUAAAGAAUAUCUCUUGAACCAAAUCAGCGCACUGAAGUUUAAACAGAAGCCACAUCUCUUAUCCAAAACAGAAAAGACACUUUACCCAGCAAAAGAAACCACAAGCUCCAUUUCUACUGAAACCGCGAUGCGAAAUAUUAUCUCAGAUCUGGUAAGAAAGGCAAUACCUUCUGUAACUGGAACAGAAACGCCGACGGAAGAGUAUCAACAAUAUCAAGAAGAAGAUUUGGAAGAAGCUUUCAGCGAAGAAUCUGUCACUAUUCCGGAAAGCAGGGAAGAAGAAUUAAGCCCGAGCCAGUUUGCCAUUGAAAUUAUCAAAGACGCCAUAAGAGGCGUUUUACCCUCAAAGCCUGACAUCGAGGACUCAGGAUUGACAGACUAUUUAAAAAAAGAAUAUGCCUCCGUAGAUUCAAAUCCGUUCUUACGCAUGCUGCCUCAAAGCCAGGAAGACCUGUUCCAAUCUCAAGGUGAAGAAGACGAAAUUUCAUUAGAAGAAGCUGUAACGAGUGAAAAUGAGGAAGUCGUUGAAGAGAACGAAGGGCAAACUUUUAUUAAGGAGAGUCCAGAGCAAGAAGGCGAACAAGAAGAAGCGACCAUUUCAACUUACGAGCCUGAAUCUGAAAUGCAAGGAUCUUUCGAACAAGCAAUCACGCCUUACCAGGUAGAAGAUGAAAAUUCCACUGCCCCUGAACAAUCACAGUCAGAUUCAGAAAAUUAACUGACAAAAUGUGUAAAAAAAGAAACUGAGUGCUAUUUCAAUGUACAUAUGUAGAAUAACAAAUUAAAAAACAGAAAA